AUAGUACGUACCUCUCCUCUUCUUCCUCCUCUCUACGACCUCUUCCCGCCGCUCCCUCCCCCUCCAUUUCCUCUUCUCCACCGCCUCCAAGAACAGCAAACCCAACUCCUCCCCCCUCCUCUCCUCGCAUUUCUUCGACCUGCCAUUCCACACCCGCGCGCGCCUCAAACUCUAUGUGAGGGAAGGGAAACAAUCGACUUCCCAGCUGAGAAACCAAGAAGCAGCAGCAGCAGCCAUGCGUCCGUCCUUCCUCCUCCUCCUCGUCGUGUUUGCCGGCGUCUUGGCCGGCGGGGCGCGCGCGGGGCCGCCGUUGGCGGGCGAGAAUCUGCCGGGGCAGCUGUUGCCGGGCGAGAAGCCGCCGGGGCAGCCGUUGCCGGGGCAGCCGUUGCCGGGGCAACCGUUGCCAGGGCAAUCGUUGCCGGGGCAGCCGUUGCCGGGGCAGCCGUUGCCAGGGCAAUCGUUGCCGGGGCAGCCUUUGGUGGGCGAGAAGCCGCCGGGGCAACCGUUGCCGGGGCAGCCGUUGCCAGGGCAAUCGUUGCCGGGGCAGCCGUUGCCGGGGCAGCCGUUGGUGGGCGAGAAGCCGCCGGGGCAGCCGUUGGUGCCGGGGCAGCCGUUGGUGGGCGAGAAGCCGCCGGGGCAGCCGUUGGGGGGCGACAAGCUGUCGCCGGAUUACUACGCCCAGACGUGCCCGCGCGCGGAGCGGAUCGUCGCGGAGGUGGUCCAGUCGAAGCAGAUGGCGAACCCGACGACGGCGGCCGGGGUGCUCCGCCUCUUCUUCCACGACUGCUUCGUCAGCGGGUGCGACGCGUCGGUGCUGGUGGCGGCCACGGCGUUCGAGAAGUCGGAGCAGAGCGCGGAGAUCAACCACUCGCUGCCGGGCGACGCGUUCGACGCCGUGGUGCGCGCCAAGCUCGCCCUGGAGCUCGAGUGCCCCGAGGUGGUGUCGUGCGCCGACAUCCUGGCGCUGGCGGCGCGCGUGCUCAUCACCAUGACCGGCGGCCCACGCUACCCGAUCUCCUUCGGCCGCAAGGACUCGCUGACGUCGUCGCCGACGGCGCCCGACAAGGAGAUGCCGCAGUCCAACUUCACCAUGGACCAGGUGAUCAAGUUGUUCCAGGACAAGGGUUUCACGGUGCAGGAGAUGGUGGCGCUGUCCGGCGGCCACACGCUGGGAUUCUCGCACUGCAAGGAGUUCGCGCAGAGGAUCUACGACUACCAGGGGAAGCCCGGGAACGUGGACCCGACGAUGAACCCGGUGCUGAGCAAGGGCUUGCAGACGGCGUGCAAGGAGUACCUCAAGGACCCGACGAUCGCGGCGUUCAACGACGUGAUGACGCCCGGGAAGUUCGACAACAUGUACUUCGUGAACCUGGAGCGAGGGCUCGGCCUCCUCGCCACGGACGAGGAGAUGUGGUCGGACAAGCGCACCCAGCCGUUCGUGAAGCUCUACGCGUCCAACCCCACCGCCUUCUUCGACGACUUCUCCCGCGCCAUCGACAAGCUCAGCCUCUUCGGCGUCAAGACCGGCGCCGCCGGCGAGAUCAGGCGGCGCUGCGACACCUACAACCACGGGCCCAUGCCCAAGUGAUGAUCUGAUCUGAUCUGAUCCGAUCCAUCGAUCGAUCGAUCGAUCGCCCGCUCGCGCGCGCCCGGUUUACGAGGACGAUAUGAUCGUCAUAUCAUAAUUAAGUGAUUCGCUAAAUCGAUUGUUUUUCGUUCGUUUUUGUAUUUGUAUUUUUUUGUUUUGCGUGCGUGACUUAUUUUUCAUCGUUGGUUUGUUAACAUUCGUGAAUAAGCUAGAUUUGUGUCGAGUACUCGAGUUUCCUGUUCGAUUCAGUAAUUUAAUUUCUGCUCGUACGAGAACUGGAGGUCACUCUCUAUGUGCGUGCGUGUUGUUUAUUUGUACAAGCUGUUUCUUUUUCCCCUUUCUCUGGAUUGAUUUCUCCUGUAUCACAUUGCUUUUGAAUCAAAGUUCCAUUUGAGUUUGUAGCAA